CCCCAAGCUAAACCCAACUUUUGAAUCGGCAAAAAAAAAAAAGAAAAAAAAAGUCAACUGAAAAUAAGCACAGAUCAGAUCGGAGAAGAAGGAUGAGCAGCAACGUGACGGGUGCAGGAAAGGUAGUGUGCGUAACCGGAGCGUCCGGUUACAUAGCGUCAUGGCUCGUCAAGUUUCUUCUUCAACGCGGUUACACUGUCAAAGCUUUUGUUCGUGAUCUAAACGAUCGAAAGAAAACAGCUCACUUAACUUCACUUGAUGGGGCUAAGGAAAGACUCCAGCUUUUCAAAGCAGACUUGCUUGAAGAAGGUGCCUUUGACUCCGCUGUUGAAGGCUCUGAAGGUGUCUUUCACACCGCAUCUCCCUUUUCUAAUGAUGUCAAAGACCCACAGGCAGAGUUGCUUGAUCCUGCCAUUAAGGGAACGCUUAAUGUUCUUAACGCCUGCGCAAAGUCACCAUCUGUUAAACGUGUAGUUUUGACAUCGUCCAUAGCUGCCGUUGUAUACACUGGAAAGCCCCGAACUCCAGACGUGACAGUUGAUGAGACCUGGUUUUCAAUUCCAGACAUUUGUAAGGAAUUAAAGCUAUGGUACGUGCUUUCAAAGACUUUGGCCGAGGACGCUGCUUGGAAGUUUGUAAAACAGAAGGGUAUUGACAUGGUUACAAUCAACCCGGCAAUGGUGAUUGGUCCUCUGUUACAGCCAACUCUAAAUGCAAGUUCUGCUGUCAUUUCGAACUUAAUAAAUGGAGCACAAACGUUUCCGAAUUUUACUGUUGGAUGGGUGAAUGUCAAAGAUGUCGCCAAUGCUCAUAUUCUGGCGUAUGAAGUCCCUUCAGCUAGUGGAAGAUAUGUUUUGGUUGAGAGCGUUUCCCACUACUCAGAAAUUGUGAGAAUCUUACGAGAGCUCUACCCAUCUGCACCACUUCCCGAUAGGUGUGCAGAUGAUAAACCAUUUAUGCCAACAUAUCAGGUGUCAAAGGGAAAGGCAAAGAGCUUGGGAAUAGACUACAUUCCAUUGAAAACCAGCCUCAAGGAAACUGUGGAAAGCUUGAAGGAAAAGCAAUUUGUCAAUGUCUGAGUGGCAAUAGUAUAUUCUCCAUGUCCUUUCCUUGAUAAAACAAAUAGUUAUGAACCCUAGCUUCUUGUUGUUUUUCUCCUUACUAUUUAAAAC